AUGUCGGGCAAGGAUAAAGAGCCACGCGACGGAAAACCGAAAAUUACAAAUACAAGCGCAUCUACAAGUACCGCGAUAGUUGCAAAGUCGACAAUGUCCAGUACCAUACAAAAUAUCGUCGAUCCAUUCACGCCGGGAACCUCGAAUUGGGAAAGAUGGUUUACACGAUUCGAAGGAUGGUUACAAAUACACAAAAUCACGGAGGAACAAGAACGCGUUUUACACCUAACCCUUUUCUUAAGUGAGAAAGCUUACAACAUUCUGUAUGACAGUUUAGGCACAGAAAAACCUACGGAUAAAACAUUUGAUGAACUGAAAGCUAAAUGCAAAGAACUUUUUGCACCAACUGGAUUAGAAAUAGCGGAGACAUACAAAUUCUGCCAUCGCAAGCAACUGCCUGGUGAAACAGUACAAGAUUUUGCCAGUGCCCUAACGAAAUUAAGUACAACUUGCAAUUUCGGUACUUUUCAAAAUACGAUGUUGAGAAAUCAUUUAGUUUUCGGAAUUUCAAGCCGCCGUACACAGAGCAGACUGCUCGAAACCAAGGAAUUAACCUAUGAAAAGGCAUUGCAGAUUGCACUUGCAAUGGAACUUACAGAGAAGGAAACGAAUACCCUCUGUAAAGAUACAACACAGGACGUCCACUAUCUACAUGCAAAUAAAUUUCAAAAGAAGAAAGAUACGGUGACGCCGAAAGGUUCCAAAUCAAAUACAAAAAAAUUUCUCCAAAACUCUCCAAGUAUCGCAUGCUAUCGAUGCGGAAAGAGUGAUCAUAAAGCGGAUAAAUGCAAAUUACCAAAGUAUAUACAAUGCAAUUUUUGCAAGAAAAAGGGGCAUUUAGAAACGAUCUGUUUGAAAAAGAAGCACAGUAAUUGCAACGUAUUACAGGAAAAGAACGAUAUUUUCGAAGCCAACUCACUUUUUAAUCUGGAAAUAUUACAAUGUGAUUCACCCCUGCCAGAACAACGAGGUCUACGGGAGAAAUUCCAAUUCGACAUUGAGGUCAACGGAAAAAUGAUCAACUUCGAGGUCGAUUCCGGAGCUGCAGUCACCAUCAUGGAAAUACACCAUGCGAAAAUGAGUUUCAAGAAUCUGAAAGUGCAUCCCGCUAAAUUACAGUUAGUGACUUAUUGUAAUACGCCAAUACAGGUAAACGGUUACGCUACAGUUUCUGUAAAAUUCGAAAAUGAAAUGUACACAUUGAAUUUAUACCUUACAUCGAUCAAACGUACACCAUUGAUGGGUCGAGAAUGGAUACGUAUGUUCUUGACACGUCAAAACGCGAGUAAUUUAUUUACACAAAAUACAGUUUCACAAAUUCGCGACGAAAUCGUAGUAAAUAUAGACAAAGAUGUAUUUAUAAAAAAUCUUUUCACGAAAUACAGUAAUUUGACAAACAAAAAGCUAGGUAAGGUUACAGGUAUGAAAGGUUCACUUACAUUGAAACCUAAUGCUAAAAAAGUAUUUUUAAAAGCUCGUCCUAUGCCUUUUAAACUGAUACCACGGGUAGAUAAAGAAAUAGAAAACCUUAUAAAUGAAGGAAUCUUAGUAAAAGUCGAGACUUCAGAAUUUGCAACUCCCGUUGUUCCAGUUUUGAAAGCAGAUGACACUGUCCGUUUAUGCGGAGAUUACAGCGUUACAGUCAAUCCGCAACUACAAAUUACUGAGCAUCCGUUACCUACAAUUGAUGAACUGGUUUCUGAAAUGUCGAACUGCACGGUUUUCGUGAGAUUACUUAUUACAUCAUCGGCAAAAACGGAUUGCAAAAAGACAGCUCGAAAUUCGACGCAAUUACAAAAAUGCCACGACCCGAUGGAACAAUAUCCCGAUGGAACAGAGCGAGCAAUACAAUACAUUUCUCAAACACUCAACAAAACGCAAAUUAAGUACAGCAUGAUCGAUAAAGAAGCUUACGCAAUUGUUUUCGCUAUAAAACGUUUGUACAUAUACUUAUACGGAAAUACUUUUAAAUUAGUAACGGACCAUCGUCCUCUUACAAAAAUUUUUGCAAAGGACAAAGGUUUGCCAUUAUAUAGCGCGAUGCGCAUGCAGCAUUAUGCAAUAUUCUUGCGUGGUUUCAAUUUCACCAUCGAGUAUAGGAAAUCGGAGCAAAACGCUAACGCAGAUUGCCUUUCCCGUCUUCCAAUUUCUGGAGAACCGGAAACCAAUGACGUUGUCGAUUUGUACUACGUAAACACGAUAGGCUCUUUGCUCAUUACGCCUACUAAAUUACGGGCAGAAUUUCAAAAAGAUAAAGAAUUACAAAAAGUCGCCAACGCGCUAUGUAACGGCAAAACUCUUACACAUGCUGAUACUUGGGGCAUUGACCCAAUAGAAUUUAGUCUAGAAUGCGAUAUUCUUGUUCGAAAUCACAUGAUUGUAAUUCCGACCACAUUACGUAAGGAAGUCCUGCAAGAACUACACUCGGGACAUUUCGGUAUGACCAAAAUGAAAGGGUUAGCGCGAGAACACUGUUGGUGGUCCGGAAUUACGCGCGACAUCGAGACGGUCGUAAAAGACUGCGUCGAAUGCAACACAGUCGCGAAUGCGCCGAAAGUUGCAGAAAAACAUGUGUGGGAAACACCCACUGCGCCUUUCGUGCGAUGGCACAUCGAUUUUGCACAUAAGGAUAAUACGACGUUUUUUAUAUGUGUCGACGCAUUUACGAAAUGGCCGGAAGUUUAUAUUGUUCCAAAUAUGCUUACAGAACCGACCAUCGAUAUUUGUAAAGAAAUCUUUUCGAGAUUUGGGUUACCGAAUGUUGUUGUAAGUGAUAACGGUCCUACAUUUACAUCCCAGCUAUUUCAACAAUUCCUUCGGACUUACGGCAUUACGCAUAAAACCUCUGCUCCUUUUCACCCCGCGUCAAAUGGGCAAGCAGAGAGGUACGUCCAAACCAUUAAAAGAGCUUUACAGAAAAUGCCAACUGGCAAGAAUUUACAUUCCAGUUUACAGACUAUCCUUUUCCAGUACCGAACGAUGCCUCAUGCCGUAACAGGAAUUCCACCUGCGGAGUUAGUUUUUAAUAGAAAGAUACGAGCAAACCUCGAUGUAAUGCGUCCAAACAAAAGCGAGGAACGCGACGACAAGGUUAAUGUACAUAAACAGUGUCGAGAAUUCAAGGCGAACGAUCGAGUAAAAGCGAGAAAUUAUACCGGCAAGGCAAAAUGGAUUUUUGGCACUAUAGUACAGCGCAUCGGAAAAUUAAAUUACUUAGUUCAUUUAGAUGACAAUCGGAUUUGGCGACGUCAUGUCAAUCAGUUACAAUCCACGGGUGUACAAAAUACUGUAGAGGAUUGCGAUUAUCAUGCUCCGCCGGACGAAACGGAGUCGUCAAGAUCCGCGAUCGAAGGCGAUGUCACCUUGGGGCCCAGUACGUCAAACGCAGAAUCGUCGCCAAGCCUCGGAUCCGUACCCACGGAUCGCACACUUAGACCUAGGAAUAAACUCAAAGCACCUGAACGCCUGCAGUACCAUCAAACCGGAAAAUUGAUUCCGAUAUAA